AUGGAGAACCACCCAAAGUUCACUAUGUGCGUUCUGUACUCAACAUCGUGUCUCCUGGACGCCUUUGACGGCUACGCUGCCAGAAAAUACGACCAAAGCACAACGUUCGGCGCGGUUUUGGACAUGGUCACCGACAGAUGCUCGACGUGCUCGUUGAUUGUGUUUUUGACCCGGCUCUACCCCGAUUGGUUCAUCCUUUGGCAAUUCCUGAUCUCCCUCGACUUGGCCUCUCACUACCUUCACAUGUAUGCCACCAUCACCAGCGGAUCCAAGAGCCACAAGUCCAUGAAGAAGGACACAAACAUCCUGCUCAAGCUCUACUACGAAAACAGAAUCGUGCUGUUCUUUGUGUGUGCCUUUAACGAGUUGUUUUACAUGGCUUUGUACCUCGAUCAUUACAACUUUGCCGGUCUACCAUUAAUCGGCCUCUCGUUCCCUCGUCUCCUUAUUUAUGUGUCUACUCCUAUCUGGUUCUUCAAGCAAAUCACAAACGUCAUCCAGAUGCUUGAGGCUUGCAACACUCUUGCCGUUCAGGACGCCAAGACGUACAACGCGAAGAACGCUUAG